AUGGGGCUCCUGCGGCUGAUGGCGCUGGCGGCGCUGGCAUCGCAGCCCGGCGUGGCUGGGGGCGCCGAGGCCGCGGGGAACGCCAGCAGCGCGGGUCUUAUUGAAUUUUCUGUGGGGAAAUUCAGAUACUUCAAGCUCAACAGACCCUUUCCAGAGGAAGCUAUUUUGCGUAAUAUUUCCAGCAAUGCGACUUUUCUUAUUUUCCAAAUACACUCACAGUAUCAGAAUACAACCGUUUCUUUUUCUAAGAUGCUCCUUCCCAGCACCUCGGGGACAGGCACCGACAAAGGACUGGUUUUCAUUCUUAGACCGGAGCAAAGCAUGUGCUCUUGGUAUUUGGAGACUUUAGAAGCUGAGCCUGUCCAAAAUUUGGCCAUUCCACUCUCCUACUCAGAAAGAGAUCCUAUUCCUGGAGGCUGUAAUUUAGAGUUUGAUUUAGAUGUUGACCCCAACAUUUACUUGGAGUAUGAUUUCUUUGAAACAACUAUCAAAUUUGCCCCAGCAAACCUAGGCUAUGCAAGAGGCGCUGAUUCUCCUCCGUGUGACACCAAGACGGGGCAGGACUCCAGGUGGAGGUUGCAGUACGAUGUCUAUCAGUAUUUUCUGCCUGAGAAUGACCUCACUGAGGAGGGGUUGCUGAAGCAUCUGCAGAGGAUGGCCGAAGUGCCUCAGGUGAUGGCCAGUGCUAUGAAGGUGGUCACUCUGACAGCUGACGAUAAGACAAGUGUUUCCUUCUCCUCCCUCCGGGGGCUAGGCGUCAUUUAUAAUGUCAUUGUUCGGGACCCCGUUCUCAAUACAUCUGCGGCUUAUGUUCCUGCUCACACAUACGCCUGCAGCUUUGACGCAACGGAGGGUAAUUGUUCUUCUCUUGGAAGAGUAUCUACCAAAGUGUUUUUCACUCUGUUUGCCCUGCUUGGUCUCUUCAUUUGUUUCUUCGGACACAGAUUCUGGAAAACAGAAUUAUUCUUCAUAGGCUUUAUCUUCAUGGGAUUCUUCUUUUAUAUACUGAUUACCAGACUGACACCCAUUAAGUAUGAUGUUCGUCUGGUCCUGACAGCCAUCGCCGGAAGCCUUGGUGGGAUUUUCUUGGUUGCUGCUUGGUGGCGAUUUGGCAUCCUCACGCUCUGCAUGCUGUGUGUGGGACUAGUGCUGGGCUUCCUCGUCUCUUCAGUGAGUUUCUUCACUCCGUUAGGAAACCUAACAAUAUUUAGUAAUGAUGCUGUGUUCUGGGUGACCUUCUCCUGUAUAGUUGUUCUCAUCCCAGUAAUAUUCAUUGGCUGCCAAAGAAUACUGAACAUCCUGACUUGUGGAUUCAUUGGCUCCUAUUCGGUGGUCUUGGCCAUUGACAGUUACAUGUACACAAGUCUUUCUUACAUCGCUUUGAAUGUACUCAAGAGAGCACUCAGCCCUCACUUCCGCAGAGCUUUCACAAAUGUGCCUUUUCAAACUAAUGACUUUAUCAUCCUGGCGGUAUGGGGCAUGCUGGCCGUAAGUGGAAUUACGCUGCAGAUUCGGAGAGAAAGGGGGCGACCGUGUUUCCCUCCCCACCCGUACAAGUUAUGGAAACGAGAGAGGGAACGCAGAGUGACCAACAUUCUGGAUCCCAGCUACCACAUCCCUCCGUUGAGAGAGAGGCUCUAUGGCCGAUUAACCCAGAUCCGAGAGCUCUUCCAGAAGCAGCAGCCGGCCGGAGAGAGAACACCCCUGCUGCUGUAG